CUCAUAUAUGGUGGACAUUACAGCAGCAGCUAAAAAGAAAAAAAAAACCAGAGAGAGAGAGAGAGAGAGCUUGCUUUCAUGGUGGAAAGUGUGAAAGUGAUAACAAAAAAAGGGGGGGGUUUGAAAGAGAGAGAUAGAUAGUGAUAAAAAUGGAGGUUUAAGGGAAAAGGGAAGGUUUUUUUUUUCAUUUAGGUCCACCAACUGGUAGUUUUAAAGAUAGAAACUCAUUAACCAAAGAAGAAGAAGAAGAAUUUGAAAAAAGCAAAAAAGAGAGUUAAAAAAGGUAUCUGCAAAAAAAUUGAUGAAAAAAGUGAAGUUUUUGAGGGAGAUUGUUGUUCUGGGUUAAUUGGGAUCACCAAGUGUUUGAUUUUUGUCUUGAAGAAUUCAUGUUCCCCCACAACUCUCACAAAUGUUGCUGGUUCCAAGUUCAUAGGGGUUAACUAUGUAAUCGGAGUUGAAUUAUGGCUACUUAUUACACUGGUUCUGAUAAUCAAAGGGACACCGUUCCGAUGAUCUAUAUGAGAGAAUCGAUGCCUGGUUCGUAUGCAGAGUCACCGGUUUUGCAGGGUAAUACGAUGAUGUAUAUGAAUUCCGGGUCGUACUCGGAUGCAUUUGCUGGGAAUUCUCAACAGCAAAACAAUUGUAUUGGGAUGCAGGGUGUGGAAGCAUCGGAUUCGACUUCGCAACAACACGGAAUUAUGUCGAAUCUCGGUGGAUCACAUGUUGUGGAACAUGAUUUUGGUGCUUGGAGGGAUGCAAGUAGCAUCCUUCACAAUGGUCAAAACUUUCAGGGUCCUCAAGGAUUGUCCUUAAGACUUGGCACUCAAAUUCCCUUUGGUAUUCAAAUGCCUUCUAUCCCUUUUCGGAAUCCCGAUUCGGAUUUGGCCUCGUUCUUGAGUCAUAAUCCGUCGCUUACUGGAGGCAGGAAUGGCUCUUCAAGAGAUGAACAACCGAGGAAUGCGGGAUAUCUGCCACAUGGCUUUUCUGGUGCUAACCAAGGCACGAAUAAAGGGGACUUAUACGCGUGUGGAAUGUCGAGUAUGUCGAGAGCUAUUCCUAAUUCUAAAUAUCUCAAGGCAGCACAACAAUUGCUUGAUGAAGUUGUUAAUGUUCCAAAGGCUUUAAAGCAAAUUGACGGGGAGAAAAACCGGAUGAAGAGUUGCAAAGAGGAUGAUGAGAGCUCGAAGAAUGUGCUUUCGAACCAGAAAGAAUCAUCGAAUAACAUUCAAAAGGAGCUUUCACAUGCUGAAAGACAAGAACUACAAAGCAAGUUAACCAAGUUAUUGUCCAUGUUGGAUGAGGUUGAUAGAAGGUAUAAACAAUAUUAUCAUCAGAUGCAGAUCGUAGUGUCAUCGUUUGAUGCAAUAGCAGGGUGUGGAGCCGCUAAGCCUUACACUGCAGUUGCACAACAGACUAUAUCCCGUCAUUUUCGAUGCUUGAAAGAUACAAUUAAUGGUCAAAUUCAGGCAACACGUAAAAGUCUUGGGGAGCAGGAUACUUUAGAAGACGGUAAAGGAGUACGGAUUACUCGUCUGCGUUACGUGGAGCAACAGCUAAGGCAACAAAAAGCUCUGCAGCAACUUGGUAUGAUGCCACAACAUGCAUGGAGGCCUCAAAGAGGGCUGCCGGAAAGCUCCGUUUCAAUACUUCGUGCUUGGCUGUUCGAGCAUUUUCUUCAUCCCUACCCAAAAGAUUCCGAGAAGAUCAUGCUAGCAAGACAAACAGGCUUGUCCCGAAGUCAGGUUUCGAAUUGGUUUAUAAACGCGAGAGUACGUCUUUGGAAGCCGAUGGUCGAGGAGAUGUACAAGGAAGAAUUUGCAGAUUUGGAAAUGGACUCUCAUUCUUCAUCUGAAAAUGCAGUCAAAGCAAGGAAAGGCAAUACAAGGACCUCUGAGGACAUAGGUGAAGAUCAGCAACAAAGUGGGAGUUCAUCGGCCACGGAGAGAUGUAGCGCUGGACAGUUGGUGGAUUCCAAAUCCAACCAUGUCCCUGAUGUAGAUAUUGCAGGAACAAUAACCACUACCGUUUUCCAAAAUGUCACGCACAGAGAAGCUGAAACCGAGUACGGUUUACUAAGGCUAAGCGAGGUGCAGAGGCCUAAUGUGGAUAACUCCAAUCUCUUCCUCGAUGGAAUUACUCAUUCUGAUGGCGUUGGUGAUCGGUUUAUGAAAGCCACUACCACUUCUUACCAUGUGUCGGAAUUAGGGAGGUUCGGGAAUGCAAGUGGUGUCUCACUCACUUUAGGAUUGCAGCAUUGUGAGGAUGGUAGUAUACCUAUGUCAGAUGUGGGCCAUCAAAACUUUGUCGCAAUGACUCGAGACAAUGACAUAUACAAUCCAGCAGCAUCUUCCAUAGGACCUGAAACAACAGAUAGCGAAUACGUAACUCCCGGUAACCGGCAGCACAGGUUCAAUUCCUCACAUUUGUUACAUGAUUUUGUAGCGUGAAACGUGCAUGAUGACUGCAGAUUUACAUCAUUGAUCUUCAUUAUUAUGGAAACAAGAAACCGGAGAGCUCGAGCUUGAUUCUCGAUUCCUCCGAACAUUCAUCUUGUUUAGCCAAGGUAUUGAAAAAGAUUAGUCCUCAUGAACAUGAACAAAUAUAAAAACAGUUGUAAUAUAGAAAAACAGAAAUUCAAUUGGAAGGUCACUAUAUUUGUAAAGAAACAUAAUGUAUAAUUAGUUCCAGUUUGAAAUAAAUGUAGGAAUUGGCUUGUUCUAA